AUGACCAGCAUGGCCAGCCUAGCGUCGACGUACCGGAAUCAGGGGCGAUGGAAGGAGGCCGAAGAGCUCUACCUACAGGCGAUAGAGGCCCACAAGCAGGUGCUAGGGCCAGAGCAUCCUGAUACUCUGACCAGCAUGACCAACCUAGCCUCAACCUACUGGGACCAGGGACGAUGGAAGGAUGCUGAAAUCUUACAACUACAAGUGACGGAUACCCUUACGCAAGUGCUAGGGCCAGAGCAUCCUCACACUCUUACUAGCAUGGCCAACCUAGCAUUGACCUGUUUGGAUCAGGGAAUAUGGAAGGAGGCCGAAAAACUCAACGUGCAGGUGAUGGAGACCCGCAAGCAGGUUCUCGGACCAGAGCAUCCCGACACUCUGACCAGUAUGAACAACCUUGCUCAUACCCUUAGGUCAUCGGGUCAAUACACAGCCGCUUUGCAGUUAAUGGCCGAAUGCGUUCAACUUCGCGACCGAAAACUAGGCCCUGACCAUCCGCAUACUAUAUCUUCCAAGUCUGCUUUAAACGAAUGGCGCGGGAAGGUUGACUCCCCGUCCGGCACAGAUGGUGCUUGCAAUGAAACAUUUCGUGGACGCAAUCGAAAGGCCGGAACGGUGGAGUCGAAUUCAGUGGAAUGA